CAAAUAGGUAUAUAAAGCAGUGCGUGGCCAAGAAAAAUAACUGAACUAUCAGCUACUCGAUAAUCAAUCAAUUUCAUUUCCUCAUCCAUUAUUAGAUAUUAUACUAGCCGACACUAUGGUUGCAUUUUUCAACCUCAUAGCCGCCUUCUCGGCAAUUUCUGCAUCCUUCGCUAUUCCAAGUCCCACCCUCCCUAAGCGUAGCCCCAUGGAUUUUGUUCUUAGACGAAAUGAGAGCUCUCUUCUUCGCCGAGCAACGCCAAACUACAAACAGGAUUAUACUACCGGUGGAGAUGUAGUCUAUACACCAUCCGGUUCCUCUUUCACUGUAGAUUGGGACACCCAGGACGACUUCGUUGUUGGACUUGGAUGGACAACCGGGUCCAAUAAGUGAGUACUAACGAGCCAACACCGCUUCUUGUUUCGGUUUCCUGACAACUUUGAUUCACAGCCCCAUCAACUUCAGCGGGACCUUUGGUAUCGGCUCCGGCACCGCCCUUCUCUCCAUCUACGGCUGGUCCGAAAACCCACUCGUAGAAUACUACAUCGUCGAAGACAACAGCUCCCCACCGAGCUUUGGCACAGUGAAAGGCAGUGUGACGAGUGAUGGGUCAAGUUAUACAAUUUGGGAGAACCAGCGUGUCAAUGAACCUUCUAUUGUAGGAACUGCUACUUUCAAUCAGUACAUCUCAGUGCGAUCCUCUCCACGAAAGAGUGGUACUGUUACUGUGGAAAACCAUUUUAAGGCUUGGGCAGCGCUGGGUAUGAAAUUGGGUACGCUUAACUAUCAGGUUUUGGCGGUUGAAGGGUGGGGCGGCGAAGGGGCUGCUACACAAACGGUUAGCUAGACGGGUACUGGUGAUAGUCUCUGUAGCUUUACCGACUGCGGAAGGCCAAAGAAUUACGAGGCAUAUAUCGAUAAAACUCACGAUCUUGUAACCACGUAAAGCACGGUCAAUCUUCGGUAGUUGCAGUAUUAAGGAAACACGGGCGUGGAGAGGAAUGCAAAUGUGUGGAAGCGAGUCGAAAGAUUCAUGUCAAUAAGAGAAAUGCGUUAUAAUAUCAAACAUUCCUUUAGUAUGAUGUUAUUAAA